AAAUUAUGGUAUUAUUAUCUUUUUUAUUUUGGUACAGGACACUGUCAAAUAUGUUGAGAAUCAGGUCCAGAAUGUCGGGGAAAGUGUUAAAAAGUUCUAUUCCGAUGUUGUGCAAGAUUUGCUUCCCCCAUCUUCAGUUGAUCCUGUGAAAGCUCUUACCUCUGACUUAUCUGUAGACCGAUAUUCCGAUGUUGGGAUCCAUAAAAAUCCAGAAGAAGCUGUUAAAAAAGUUUCUGUGAGAGUUGAUGUGGAUCAUCUAACUGAGAAUUCAAAAGUAAUUGCUGAUAUGGAUAAGGAUUUUGGCCGCGUACCAUCUCUUCGAAAAAACAAAUUAUCUCCAUGUUCUGUGGAUUCUGUGAAAAGAACUUGCCCCAAGUUGUGUUCAGGACAAUAUAAUAAUGGAAGUAUCUCCAAUUACUCAAACAUGGGUGUAAAAAAUGGUCUAGGGCAUGAAAACUUUUCUGCAACUGAGAUGUCGGAGGCAAUGGUAAAUGAUCUGGGCAGAGCAUCAUCAUUCCUUGAACUUCUGAAUGAAAAUCAUGGAGCAUCAUGUGACAACACAGUUAAGAUUUCAGCUCCAGCUUUGGCUGAAGUUAGAGGCUUUGACUCCAUAUCAGAAAGUAGCAAUGCACUUGAAAAUGCAAGUGAUCAUAUGAGUGAUCCCUCAAUUGCAAUUGCUAGUGCAUCACCUGACUUGAGUGUUUUGGCUAGCUUCGUUAGAAACGAAGGAAAAGAAAUGAGACUUCCAGACUCUGAUGGUUCAGCAGAGCCAAAUGCUGUAGACAUUUGUACAUAUAAUGGGGCAAGUUCCCUUGUGGGUUCGUCACUGGACUCUGAAGUACGGCACAAUGAAUUUGCUGAUAUGGAGGUUGUAUCUCAUCCAGAAAGAUCAGAUGACUGGGGCUUGGAUGGAAUUGAGCGUGGUACACUUUCGGAACCAGGAGUGGAUACCAGCCAACAAUAUGUUCAAUUAAAGCUUGAGGAAACUUGUGUUCUUGUGGAUGGAGAUGAGCUUCAUUUUGUACCGCACAAGGAAGGCAAACGCAGGCCAUACAAGAAAAAGAUACGGGAAGCAUUUUCUUCAAGAAUGAGGUCAGCAAGGAAGGAGUAUGAGCAGCUAGCAGUUUGGUAUGGGUAUGAUGGAGAAUCCAAUCAGGCAUCCUCAGAAAGUUCGAUAGCAACUCAUUCUGUGGUAGACACAAAGGAAACUAAAACCCAAGAAUUCUGUGAAACUGAGUGGGAGCUCCUUUAGAUUCCAGUCUGCAACUUUGUGUAAAUAUUAGUCAACAACUUCAAAGCCGCAGCAAAAGAUUAUGAAAGGUAUGAUUCCGCGGAAGAUUGACAGUGGUUGCUAAAGUUCCACCUAUUACAGAAAUUGACUCAAGUGGGUAAACUGAUUAAACAAAAGGAACCUGUGAUAAUUUAUAAAUAGUCUAUAAAUUGUCAAGCCCUCCAUGAUGAGAGGGUUAACUGCAGCAGAUCUUUAUAUACCUACUAAUACAAUGGACAAACGUUUGAAGUCUAUACUUGUGCUCAGCAUUUUCAAUAAAAUGCUGUAUUAUUU